UGCAUGGAGCAGCAGAUCCGGGCAGUGGCUGCACAGCACCGCCCCCCAGCGCCACUGCAGAGCGCCGCUUCCGCUUCUCACCCGCGGCAGCCUGAUGGGAUGCUGGCGGAAUGUUUGAGGCGGGCUCUUCAGGGAGACCCAGGUGUUGGGACAACGUCCACGGGCCGCUAGUCCUUAUCGCUCCAGUGUUACAACACAUCAGCAUUACUCGUUGCUGAGCCAUUUUGGACACACUGGUCGACGGGGCCGACUGUGCAGCUCGGCUCUCCCUCUCUCUCUCUCUCUGCGGUGUGUAGAAGAAGCCUACACGGAAGUUACCGGAUGGCAGCUUUUUCCCACAAGUUCACAAUGAAAACCAGCGUUUUUCUGCUCCUGCUCGCAGCUUUCACCUGUGGACUCGUGCAGGGAGACGGAAAUGCAGCCGAGGAGCUGCAGGUGGAGACAUUGGUGAAACCCGAAACUUGUUCUGUACUUUCCGCAAUGGGAGACACGCUGAAAAUCCACUACACGGGUAAACUGAUGGAUGGAAAGGUGAUCGACUCAUCACUAUCCAUGGACCCUCUUGUUGUCGAGCUGGGGAAGAGGACAGUCAUUGCCGGUCUGGAACAAAGCUUGGUUGGUGUGUGUGAAGGGCAAAAAAUCAAAGCCACUAUUCCAUCUCACCUUGCAUACGGAAAAAAAGGUUACCCUCCCACGAUUCCAGGUGAUGCUGCUCUUGAGUUUGAGGUGGAGGUGGUUUCUCUGACGCAGCAGACGCCGUGGCAGAAAAUGGUCAAUGACGUGUUCCCCCUCGUGUGUUUGGCCCUGGUGCCCACUCUGCUCGGCUUGGUGGGACUUUACCUCUACAAAAAGGCCAGCGCUGAGAAGCCUAGCAAAAAGAAGGCGAAGGAUAAGAAGAGCAAGAAGAAAUAAGGACAAAGCACACAACUAUUUAAAUAAAAUUUUGUAAUUGUA